GGAACCUUGUAUUGUAAUAGAUAUUACAACCCUAAUUUUUAAUACAAUCUAUCCUGUAUUAUUUUAUGCUGAAUAAAAACAGUGUAUAAGGCUGUAUUGUACUCUCCCUCUCACCCAAACUUCUUCAUUUUCCCGUUCAGCCAUCGAUUCUCUGGCCGAUUUGGCCUGGAUUUCUCGGUGAAGAGGUUCUCUGGCAGAUCGAUCUCUCAGAUUCAUUUCUCAGUGAAAAGCAACUUCAUCUUCUCUAGCAUAUCAAUGUCUCAGAUUCAUUUGACCAGGUGUGCCGUCCGCUGCUAGUAGACGCUGCUCGAUUCUUCUCCGUACAACCCAGAAAGAGCCGAGGUUCUGCUAUUUUGCUCUAGAUAUGGAUAUGCAACAAAAGAAGAUUAUGAUAUUUCUUUUCACAUGGCAUUUUCAAAUGAUGAGCAUGUGUAUGAUGUUGCAAUUAUUAUUGUAUAAAAUGGUACGCAACCGUCAUAGGAGACGUAUGUUUCUAGAUCGUACUUUUGCUAGACAUGAGACUCGGUUAAAAUAUUUGGAUAGUUUGAUUGGUGAAAGUGACAUAGCAUGUGUGAAUGAUCUAAGAAUGAAUAGGAGAACAUUUGGAGUAUUAUGUGAAUUGCUCCAUACUGAUGGAAGGGUGAAAAGAAAUGGUUCGGUCACAAUUGAGGAACAAGUGUGUAUGUUUGUUCAUACACUUGCUCAUCAUGUAAAAAAUCGUACAUUAAACGCUAGAUUUAAGCGAUCGGGAGAAACCAUUAGUAGACAUUUUAAUUCAAUUUUACAUGGGGUUUUAAGGUUACAAGAAAACUUAUUAGUUUCUCAAGAUCCUGUACCUGCCAAUUGCAUUGAUAGUCGAUGGAGAUGGUUUGAAAAUUGUCUAGGAGCAUUAGAUGGUACUUACAUUGAGGUACGAGUGUCUGAAGUUGACAAACCAAGGUAUCGAACAAGAAAAGGCAAGAUCGCAACAAAUGUAUUAGGAGUUUGUUCUCGAGAUAUGAAGUUUAUAUUUGUUUUACCGGGUUGGGAGGGCUCAGCAUCAGAUUCUAGAGUACUUCGUGAUGCCAUUAAUAGGCAAAAUGGCUUAAAGAUCCCUAAAGGUUAUUAUUAUUUGGUGGAUGGUGGAUAUACUAACGGUGAAGGAUUCUUAGCACCUUAUAGAGGAGUUGCGUACCAUUUAUCUGAGUGGGGUAGAAACGUCCCUAGAAAUCAUGAGGAGUACUUUAAUAUGAAACAUGCAUCUGCAAGAAAUGUCAUUGAGAGAUGUUUUGGAUUGCUUAAGAUUAGAUGGUCAAUCUUGAGGAGCACGUCAUUUUUUCCAAUAACAACACAAUGCCGAAUAAUUACAGCGUGUUGUAUUUUGCAUAAUUUGAUUCGGCGAGAAAUGUCUCUAGAUCCAGCAGAAAUUGAGCUUGAUAGACAAGUGGAUACUGCAGAAGAUACUCAUCAGACAAUUAAUGAAGAUCAUGAAAUAAUUGAUACUGUUGAAGCCUCAACUCAAUGGACUGAAUGGAGAAACACUUUAGCUAUGCAAAUGUAUAAUGAAUGGAGGCUACAUAGAGGACUUUAAUGGUAGAGGUUCUUAGUCUUGCAUGUAUGGACAAACUUUGCUUACUUGUUGUUUGUAUUAGACACAUUAAUUAAUUUGAAUGUAUUCUUACUUGCUUUUUGUUGUCAUUUAACUUUGUUUGUAUUGGACGCAUUGAUCUUAGUUAUUCAAUUUUAUUUUGUCUUUUAAA